GGCCGGUCGGACUCGGGAGCUGGUUUGGGGAGAGGGGGUAGGUGGCGCGUGGUGCUGGUCCCCUUCCCGACCAGCCAUGGCCACGGAGCGGGAGCCGGGCACGGCCAGCGAGGGCUUCAAGUUCUCAGCAGAUGUCAAACCGUUUGUCCCAAAAUACACGACAGUAACUGUGGCAUGGUCAGAACCGUCGGAAGCGUGUGUCUUUCCUACUACAUACUACCCACGUGUUCAGGAACCGUCUGUGGAUAAAUCUGUUGAAUUUGCGGAAGCUGUAUUUAAGGCUUCCUUUAGCCAGCCACAAAUAUGUGCGGAAGAUGUGUCCUGGGAUGGCGCUUCAUCUCUUUCUCAAUAUAUAUCUGGUAGCGUUAUGGGAUAUACUCCACUUGGUGAAUACUCUAGCUCGCCUUCUUCGUCUGAUGCUGCACCAAAUAUGUACUCACUAGCCAGCGCACGGUAUAAUUAUAACAACUCUCAACACUACAGUCAUUCCAGGAUAGUUAAUGAAUGUGGCGAACAAAUUUGUCCAGUCAAACAAGAGACUAGAAAGACUCCUAAAAGGAGAUCAAAAGGUGAUGAGCAGAAAUUGGACAAUAAAAGGCUUGAUGGAAGUGACUCAUCAGACAGAACAGCAAAUAGAAGUUCACUUCAUACUUCUGUGUAUGGCAGAGAUGCUUUGAAACUAGACAGGUCUAAUAAAGCCAUGAACAGGAAAUCAAAACCGAUUCCAAAAAACGAGUCUCUUCCAAAACCUGCUUUUGAAGUUACCCUUUCGGAUUUCCCUAAGUUGCAGACUCUGGGAAGCAAUGAUGUAGUGGACCUACAAAAACAUAAAUGGGGGCCAUUAUGCUCAACUGAAGGCAAUACUGCACUCUUGAGACAACCAGUGAGAACACAGACUUCUGCUUUGGUGACCACAGAGGAUGAAGCUUCAGUGGAAAACAAAGCUGAAUCAAAAACUUAUACAGAAGCAGGUUCAGUUUCCUCUUCAUUUGAUACUAGAGCAGCACUUCCUCCAACAUCUGCACCUUACUCCACUCAGUCACAUUUAUCUUGGGCCACCAUACUAUCGCAGGCUCCAAAGAGAGUUGUUUCCUCACCAGCCUCUGAACUUAUUUCCAGUAACCAUUCUUGCAGCAAAGAAAAACAAGAUGUUCAGGCAAAUAGUAAGUCAAAAACAAGAAAUGAUGCUAGUGAAACUGAGCCUGAAGAAGUAUCAGAAAAGAAGAAGAAAAAAAAGAAAAAGAAACCUAAAUCAAAUCCUGAAGAGGAAAAACCUCAAAAUGAAAGCUUUAUAGUACAGGAACCACCAAGGAUUGAGGAUGCUGAAGAGUUUCCUGACCUGGCAGCUGCUUCUGACCGAAAAAACAGGGCGGGGACUCAGAAAUCAUCCUAUGCUCCUCCUGUUAGCAGAAGGCAGCCUGAAGUACAUGUAACCAAAGAGUCCUGUGACAGUCAUUAUCGAAAUGAUGCAUCAAACUUGGGAGCUGUUGUAACACCAGGGAAACAUGCUUCAUCUGCUAUGUUGGAAAGAAAAAAACCUCAGGAAGCUUCUAAGAGCAGUGGAAAGAAGAGUCAGAUUCCAGUGAAGUUGGAUUUGGGAGGCAUGCUGGCUGUAUUGGAGCAGAAGCAACAUGCAGAGAAAUCAAAACAGUCCUCAAAACCUGUGGUGCUUUCAGUUGGCGGUGCCAUACCAUUGCUUUCAAAAGAACCUACAACAGUAACAAAAAAUCAACAAUUAAAUCAAGGGAAGACACCACAUAAUCCACUGGACUCCAGUGCUCCUUUGGUAAAGAAAGGAAAGCAGAGAGAAGUCCCCAAAGCAAAGAAACCAACAUCUCUUAAAAAGAUUAUUUUGAAAGAGAGAGAACAGCGAAAACAGCACCUGUUAGAACAGACAACGAUUCCAAAAGAUGAUGGAGAUACUGUUCAUCAGUGUGAAGAAUCCACAACUGAAGAUCAGACACUUACUCAGGAUACCAAAACAGACAUAGCAGAAGAUGUUCCCAUAACCUCAGUUUCUGUGGCUCAGAGCAGUUCAGAAGUGUUCCUGGAAUGUGAAGACCUCAAGGAUUCUACGGAAAGUUCCUCCAGUCUAACACAACUAAACUCCAGCCUUCCAAAAAUUCAUAGCAGGAGAUUUAGAGAUUACUGUAGCCAGGUACUUAGUAAAGAAGUUGAUAGUUGUGUGACAGAUCUUCUAAAAGAACUGGUUCGUUUCCAAGAUCGCUUGUAUCAGAAAGACCCAGUGAAGGCCAAGACAAAACGCAGACUUGUUAUGGGGCUCAGAGAAGUUUUGAAACACCUGAAGUUGAAAAAAUUGAAAUGUGUCAUCAUCUCUCCAAACUGUGAAAAGAUUCAGUCAAAGGGUGGGUUGGAUGAGACUCUACAUACCAUUAUUGACUGUGCCUGUGAACAGAAUAUCCCAUUUGUCUUUGCUCUCAAUCGCAAAGCUCUAGGACGUUGUGUGAACAAAGCAGUGCCUGUCAGUGUGGUGGGAAUUUUCAGUUAUGAUGGUGCUCAGGACCACUUUCACAAAAUGGUAGAACUGACAAUGGAAGCCAGGCAUGCAUACAAAGAUAUGGUGGCAGCUUUAGAGGAAGAGGCAGCUGAAGGGGGAGGAAGUGAAAAACACAGCACAAUCUUAACCACUCAAUAUGGAGAGAAGAGCUUGUCUGAGACCGGUAAAACGCCCCAUGUGGAAUCUGAUGAGGAUGUACCAAAUUACAUCAAAAUCUGGAAGAGAAAGCUUGAGGAGGAGUAUAACCCUUAUGCCUUGGAAUUAGAAAAGAUUGCAACUACUGAAAUGCUGACCUUGAAUUUAGAAGAGCCUCAGUAAAGCUGGAUCAUAUUUUAUUGGGCCUUAUUACUUUUUACAUAGAUAUGUAAAUACUGAAUUAUCUAAAAUCAGUGGUCCAUCUAAGCUGCGAGGUGUAGCAAAUAAAGUGUAAUCUAGGAAACGUCUAAAGUUGGCUAAGACGACUAUUCUGAUCUCACUUAAAAUGCACACUGGAAUGCAUGAAACAUUGGCUGAUUCUUACAGGUUUCUGUGUACUUGACUGAUUGCUAAAGCUGCUGCUGCUUCAUUCUUUGUAUUAGAGAAUUAAUUUGAAGGGAGGGGAAACUGUUUUAACCCAGGACCACUUGUGUAUUAAAACAAGCCCAUUCCUUCCUUGUUUUUAAGGGUUUUACUGCUGGUGUCUGGUGCCACAAGUAGAGCUAGCCAGAAAACAAAACCUCAACAUUUGUUUGAGACACAAAUUCUGAAAACCUUCAUUUUGGGAGAAUAUUUCAUCUUGCUGGUCGUCUGCCUGGAAGGCUCUUGUUAAUUUCACUUUUUCUCUGCAGGCAGAAAGUGAGAUCGACAAGAACCUUCCAGGUGGGAGCAGUCACUUUCAUUUUCCCAAGGGAAAAUUGAAAUUUUCUUGGAAAAACUGGAAACUUUCUGCUGGAAUGAUUUUC